AUAGAAAGUGGAAACAAUUGCUGUGGGUGGGACAAGCGGCAACAACCGGCCUUCUUUAAGAAUCCCCAAAAUGUGAGCUUCACAGAAACACUCACCAGUCGAUCCAAAUUUCAAACCAGAAAGGUGUGGCAAUGGAAGCCUGCACUUGUCAGCAGUAGAAAGCUUCAGAGACACUGAGAGUAGAGCGAGUUCUCUAUCAGACAGAUUUCCAGAAUCCAGAUUUCUUCCCUUGGAAUUCGGGCCGAAACGCUCGCCGUUACGAUAUUAUAUAUACGACCUUGUAUCUGAUAUUAUAUAUAUAACCUUGUAUAUCUAUAUGGAUGUACUGACCUUUGGGGUCAUUGUCGGUAUAAUCGUGCUCUUUCUCGCCGCUGUCUGUUUCAUCACAAUUGAAGGAACUUGCAAACGCCGUCCAAAUUGAUCCCCCACUCGAAACCCUAACUAGGUUUUGGUACCCAAUUCGAUUUCAAGCUUCAACAGCCCCAGAUAUGGCGAUUCGCAAUACCCGGAUCUGGUUUGUGCUGGCUGUGUUGGUUUUGGGAAUUGGAUCGGGUUCGAAUCUGGUUUUUGGGCACGAGGGUCACGGUUCUGGAUCAUGUGCGUCUGUCGUCCAUGAUUCUCAUGAUAAUAGCCAGUGUGAUCACGGACAUGGUCACCACCACCACUACCAUGAUCAUCAUCAUCAUGAGGAGACAACGGUUGGGUCGAACAAGCUGGCGGAAGAACUGGCUGAAGAAGAGGAUUUGAAACUUCACGGGUUUGGGUACUCCCAUAUUCACAAUCAUGGCCACGAUCAUGACCAUCAUCAUCAUUUUCACGACCAUGGCGCUCCAGAGCUCUCUGUUCUCGGUCUUUGGAUUCAUGCGAUGGGGUGCUCAUUGUUGGUGAGCAUGGCUUCCCUGAUUUGCUUGAUAAUUUUGCCUUUCAUAUUUAUGCAUGGAAAACCAUCGAAGGCACUUGUUGACUCAUUAGCUGUAUUUGGGGCUGGGGCUAUGCUAGGGGAUGCUUUUCUUCACCAAUUACCACAUGCUUUUGGUGGUGAACACUCCCAUUCCCACAAUCAUGAGGGUCAUACUCAUUUUCAUGCUCAUUCUGGAGAUGAUCAUUCGCAUUCCCAUUCCUUGGAAGAUCUUUCAGUUGGAUUAUCUGUUCUGGCUGGAAUUGUCCUUUUUCUUCUUGUUGAGAAAAUUGUGAGGUAUGUUGAAGACAAUUCCGGCGGAGCCAAUGCCACUAACCAUAGUCACCACCACUACAAUAAUAGAAACAGUAAAAAGUUGAAGGAUGAUAGCGAUGGCCACAACGAGAAUCAGCAGCAGUCUCUCAAUGAAAACAAUGGUAACAUAUUGGAAGCAUCAUCGAAGGGGGCAUUUCCUGAUGGAAGGUCUGAUGACAGUUUAAUCCAUGAAAAGCAAAUGCAGCCUGAAACUCAACUUCGGAAGAGAAAUACUGGUACUAAUGCUGGAGAAGGUAAACCCUCUUCUGUUGCUGUGAAUGGCCCAGCUAGCAGUACUAAAUCUGCGAGUGAAAGGGAAUCUUCUCAUUCACCAUCCAAUCUUGUGUUUGGUUAUCUUAAUCUCUUCUCCGAUGGUGUGCAUAAUUUCACUGAUGGGAUGGCUUUGGGAAGUGCUUUCCUCCUUUAUGGAUCUGUGGGCGGGUGGUCCAGAACACUAUUUCUGCUUGCCCAUGAGCUUCCUCAAGAGAUAGGCGAUUUUGGAAUCUUGGUAAGGUCUGGUUUCAGUCCCUCCAAAGCUCUCUUUUUCAAUUUCCUCUCAGCACUAGUGGCAUUAGCAGGAACAGCAUUGGCUUUAGUUUUGGGACAAGAUCCAGGACAAUCAUCUUUGAUUGAGGGAUUUACAGCAGGCGGGUUUGUAUACAUUGCUGUUGCUGGAGUUCUGGCAGAGAUGAACAAUGGCAGCUCUGCAAUAAAAACUACAGCAAUCCAAUUAUCCUCAUUUGUAACUGGGAUGGCUGUUGCCCUUUGUAUAUCCCUUGUUGAAUGAAAGCACCUUCAUCUUUCAUGCUUAAAUUGCAGUGUUCAAGGAUCAAUGUAUUUUUAAGUUGUCAAAUGGAAUUUCAGCAA